UGAACUUUGCUUUUUCAGAAUAUUUCUCAAAAAACUACCAUGGCUUCUAACAAGAGCACAAAAUAUGAACCCUACUCUACCCAAAUAUUCUCACACCAAGAAGAACAUCAUCAUCAUAAUCAAAAUCAAAGCUUUCAUGACCUUAUAUUAUCUUUCUCAUCUCCAUCGUCCACAUCAGUUGCCCAUGGAAGCUUCAACUCCAUAUCAAACAAAGAUGGAGGUGCUUAUGAUCUUGGUGAGUUAGAUCAAGCUCUUUUUAUGUACUUGGAGGGUCAAGAUCAGUCAACUCAAGAUCAAAGAGAGAAUUUGGGUGCUAUGAGGCCACAACACACACUCAACAUCUUCCCUUCUGAGCCCAUGCAUGUUGUUGAGCCAUCAUCAAGGGCAAAUACUGGAUUAGUUUCCCCAGCAAGUGCCACUGGCUCCAAGGGACAAUCCGAGCCGUCCAUGGGUUUAUCAAACCCUAGAUCCAACGCCAUUAAUGCUUCUGUUCCUGACCAAGACAAAGCAGUUAAGGGAAAUAGAAAGGGGCCAACCUCAAGUUCAGAACAAGAUGGACCAAAAACUCCAGACCCUAAGGCUUAUGUUCAGCAGCUAGAAUCGAGUCGAUUGAGGCUAGCUCAGUUGGAGCAGGAGAUACAAAGAGCAAGAUCCCAGGGAUUUUAUCUUGGAGUAGCUGGAGAUCACAGUGCUCCUUUGGCUAUGGGCAACCUAACUUCAGAUGCCGCUCUGUUUGACAUGGAGUAUGCCCGGUGGCUAGAGGAACACCACCGGCUGAUGGCCGAGCUCCGGCGAGCAUUGCAGGAACACUUGCCGGAAAACGAGCUUCGUGUCCUAGUGGAUCACUUGCUGGCCCACUACGAACAGGUUAUGACCCUCAAGAGCAUGAUCGCGAAAUCCGACGUCUUCCACCUGUUUUCCGGCAUGUGGAAAACUCCGGCCGAGCGGUGCUUCCUGUGGAUGGGCGGUUUCCGGCCAUCCGAGAUCAUUAAGAUAAUCUUGAAGGAAAUGGAGCUGCUAACCGAGCAACAAAUGGCGGGGAUUUGCGACCUGCAGCAGACCACACAGGAAGCAGAAGAAGCACUUUCACAAGGACUCGAAGCUCUCACUCAAACACUCACUCAAACCAUAAUAGCUGACUCUCUUAACAACAAUGUCCCGUCGAACAUGAACAACUAUAUGGCCCACAUGGCUCUAGCUGUCAACAAGCUUUCGACCCUCGAAGGCUUCGUUCGACAGGGUGAUCACCUGAGGCACCAAAGCCUUCACCGGUUGAACCAGAUUCUGACGACCCGCCAGGCGGCGCGGUGUUUCUUGGCCAUUGGAGAAUACUUCAACCGCCUCCGAGCCCUCAGCUCCCUCUGGUUGACCCGUCCUCGUCAGGAAUAACAACAAUUAAGGGCCCUUAAUUAGCUAGACAUAUGUAUAUUUUCUAGCUUGAUGAUAUCAUAAGAGUGUUACCAUUUUCCAGAGUUAUAUAAGUAUCUAUACUUAUAAAUAGCUUACUUUUCUUUAAUUAAUUUCCUGUCUUUUUAUGGAUAUUACAGGUCAAAGGUAACCAAG